CGCCAGCGGCGCGUCUUUUCUUCGGGUCCGGUCCUGGCCCCCGCUCCUGGCCCCAGCCUCCGGAGGGAGGCGAGGAGCCAGGUUGUCAGCAGUGGCAGUACUCAUGGCGGGACCCUUCUGGCGGGCCGCAGCGUUUACCCGCAGGCACAGGACAGGCCUCUUGGUGUCUUCUUGCGCGGGCCUGGUAGGGGCCCAGGUCUCGUACCACCUCUUCCCAGAUCCUGUGAUGCAAUGGCUGUACCAGUACUGGCCUCGGGGCCAGCCAGCACCUCUCUCCCUGGAGCUGCAGAGCCUCUUCCAAGAGGUGCUACAGGACGUGAGUGUCCCUUCAGGCCAUCGCUACAAACCUUUCAUCUCCUUCACCUUCCAGCCUGUGAGUGCUGGCUUCCCGAGACUCCCCAGUGGGGCUGUGGUGGGCAUCCCUGCCAGCUUCUUGGGUCACCCAGUGACCAACACUGACCAGCCGGUGGUGAUAUCUGGGCAAAGAGUGGACUGGCAAAGCCCAGCUGGCACCCGGCUAAGAGAUGCCCUGACCCUGUCCCAUGAUGCUCAGAAGUUUGCCUUGGCCAGGGAGGUGAGGUACCUGGAGAGCAGUGCAGCUGCGCUGGAGACUGUGCUGGCCCCGGCUUGUCUGGCAGGAACCUGGGCACUCGGAGUGGGAGCCAAGCAGGCAAUGGGGCUCUAUGGAGGUCCCGUGAGUUUACGGGUUGCCUUCAACUUGGUAGCAGCAGUGGUGGGUUUUGUGGUCUAUGCCUUCUUUACAGACUCACUCACUCACACACUGGAAGCCUGGUUGGACCGCCACACCGCCUCCAUGUCUUCGGCCUAUGCUAGGGGUGGAGUGGAGUUCUACGAGAAGAUUCUGUCAGGCAACCUGGUGAUACGCAGUCUCCUGGGGAGUCAGGGAGAGAAGUUGUACACCCCCGGUGGAAACAUCAUUCCGAGACACUGGUUCCGCAUAAAACAUUUACCCUAUACGGCCCGCCGGGACUCUGUGCUGCAGGUGUGGAAGGGGACACUCAAACCAGGACACUCCUGAGGGAUCACAAAGAUGGCUGGUUCCUACCUGGCAAGCACCAUCCUGCCAUUGACUCUGGACAGUUCUUGGUGCCACAGUACCCACGGGCCAAUGUCAGAAACAUCACAGGCUUUGGCGUGAAAUACCCUGGGUUCUACCCUAACCCACCCCAUGUGAACUCCGUUGUGCUGGGUGUGGCCCUGUAUGAACCCGAGCCUUGACUUCCUCAGCCAAAUGUUGAAGAAAACUACCUCACAAGAAUGUGGAAGUGGGGGAUGGACAACAGAAAAGUGGGUGAAGGGAGGGAGACGUCGGACAGUGUUAAGA